AUGGCUUCUGAACUAAACUAUAGCAAUAUCUGUUUACUCGUCCUAGGCGGUAGAGAGCUUGUUGCAAAGCACGCUGGGUGAAGUCCUAGUAGAAUAAACACGGAGCUUGAAAUAAACGAUCUAAGCAGCUUAAAGUUCGUUGAAAGCAUAUCAAAAUUAAUAUAUCUUGCAAUCGAAGAAGCAGGGAACUCGGGCGCUGAAAAAGUAGUUUCAGAAUAUGGCUUGCCCUGAAAGGUUGCCAAGCUUAUGCAACUAAAUAAAGGCAAAAAAUCAGGCCACAAUAUUUUCACGAUUCCGCAAUACUCCAAUCAGACAAAGGAGAAUAAGUAG